GUUCACAUUAGCAGAUACAACCAUCAGCUAAGCCCAGAGCUAAGGACUUCGUCAUGUCAUCUCCAGACCCCAUAUCCGCUCCGCCCCACAUCCAACACCUCACCGACCUCCACAAGAAGUCCCUCGAGCAAGAAGCCUCCAUCUCCAAGAAAGGCAAGGCCCUGUCUGGAGACGUCCUCAACGACACUGAGAGCAUCGAACAAGUUCCCUCGGCCGCCCCCCAAGAGGCAUUCGACCGCCUCAACUAUGGGCUCUGGCAACCCUUCAUUUUGAGCAAUGCGUGUAUUGUCGCUUACUCUCUGCAUUCACGGAGCGCAUGGGUAUUACCUGAGGCUAGACCGGAUCGGGUGCGCGAGGGCGAUGCUAAAUGCAAGGGAAGCCCCACAAAUAACCAUAUCAGAUGUGCAGGAACGAUCUCCACCAUUUUUGGGACUGUCAUCAUCGGACAAAGAAUAACAAGAUGUCCCACGUGGAACUACGCGGCCGCGCAGGUCUACGGUAAGCUGUCGCUGUACUAUGAUAGUCGCACGCCCGAAGCUGGGGCACUCAUGAUCGGAGGAAGGAGGUGA